CCUGGAUGGCGGGGCGGCCGCCUGCGGUCUGAAUGCUGAGGCUCGGCGGGCGUGGGCUCUGGCUGGGCCUGGCCGUGGCGGCGGCGGCGGCGGCGGCGGCGGCGCGGUGGGUGGGCUGGUGGAGCGGCCGCGCCGGCCCUCGCCUUUUCGUCCCCGAGGAGCUGGCCCGCUACCGCGGCGGCCCCGGGGACCCGGGCCUCUACUUGGCGUUGCUCGGCCGCGUCUACGAUGUGUCCUCCGGCCGGAGGCACUACGAGCCAGGGGCCCACUAUAGCGGCUUCGCAGGCCGGGAUGCAUCAAGGGCGUUUGUGACUGGGGACUACUCCGAAGCAGGCCUGGUGGACCAUGUAGCUGACUUGUCAUUUUCGGAGGUGCUGACCCUUCAAAAUUGGCUUUCAUUCUACGAGAAGAAUUACGAAUUCGUUGGAAGGGUGAUAGGACGGUUCUACGGCGAGGACGGCCUCCCUACGCCGGAGCUGACCCAGGUGGAAGCCACGAUCAGCCAAGGCUUGGAGGCGGGCCGGCGGGCGCUGGAGGAGAAGCAGACGUUCCCACCGUGCAAUGCCGAGUGGAGCUCCAACAGGGGCAGCCGGUUCUGGUGUUCCCCAGAGAGCGGAGGUGUGAGCAGAGACUGGAUCGGUGUCCCCAGGAAGCUGUACAAGCCGGGUGCCAAGGAGCCCCGCUGUGUGUGCGUGAGAACCACCGGACCCCCUAGCGACCAGUCACCGGGCCUCCCUGCAGACACGAACCGUGGAGACUUGGACCACCCCAACUUGGGGGAGUACACGGGCUGCCCACCCUCGGCCAUCACCUGCUCCUUCCCGCUGUGAGCCCGUGCCCCAGAUGGUGAGAACCCACGGAGAACCCUGCCUGGAAGCACCCUGCCCAUACUCUGCAAACGUGGCCCACGCCCCUCACCGAGGGCUCACCCUCCUGUGCCUGAGACCAGAGCGCGCCAACCUGCCCGGCACCGGUCAGCCUGUUUGUGAUCUACUCGCCAUCCUUCUUCAGAGCCCUCAGACGGCACCCCUCUCGGCCCAUGCGCCCCCCACCAGGUCUCCUCACUCCCGCCUCAGCUGCAUCCGGAUAGGCGCUCCUGGGAGCACGUCCUAGGCACCCAGACUCCACGCUUCUGGAAUUCAGUCACCUUGUGAUGGCACACCAAGUGAGGACCCCGGCCGCCAUCCAGAACGCCGUCCUCUGCUCCUCCCCUCCUCCCAGGCCAUCUCAGGGCCCCGGCCCUCCCCCAGCCCACCCCCCCCCAGCAGCCUCCCCAGCUCCGGGCUGUCAUUUCUCACCCGGAAGCCACAAGUCUCCCAUGCCGCCCUCCACCCUGUUGUGAGCGGUCACCCUGGAUGACCCGGGGCCCCCCCCCCCACCUUCAGUGACUUCCCACAUCCACGGCUCUCCCACCACCUCCCCGUGCACCGGGGCACCCUUCCCUGCAGCCUCGUCCACCGCACCGUGCCUGCGGAGCCUCCACCAGGCUGUCCCUCCUGCCUGGACCGGCACCGCUCGGGAGGUUGUGCUCGCCUGGCCUGCCUGCAGCCUUGUUCUCUUGUAAGACAACCACCCGGGUUUCCCGCCCACCGCUCUCCCUGCACAAGGACCGAGGGCUCCCCAGCUUGGUGUCCUGCACCCCCAGUACCCUGCACGGGGUGUCAGUGCGCAAGUUAGCUCUUAGUCUGCAGAUGAGGCAGCACAGAGCAGUGCAGCUGAGCCUCGAACUCCAGGUUCUUGCCCCAACUCCGUGCUGUUUGCACCCCUCCAUAGCUUGCUGUGUCCCUGUGGGGUGGGAGGGGGCAGGCGAGGCUCACCUCAGGGAGGUUAUAGUCGGCGACAGGAGCCCCGCUAGAGCCCCAGAGGCCAUCCUCGGGGUGGGAAUGAGGGACAGUGUGGGGGCCAGGUGCAGAGGAGUUCAGACCCUCCCCAAACAAAUAGAAAUGAACGGAACAAGGCACCCUGUCAUCCAGGCCGAGUGUGGCCGGGGAGGGCCCUGGGCACCCACUCUCCGCCGGACUGCAGGCUGCUCACUUCCUCUUUGCCACCACCGUGUACUUUAUCGUGAAGAGCUCCUUGUGUUGGGGUGGCGGUCGAAUCUUCAAAGGGCUCAGCCGUGAGGAAGCUCGUGGUUACUGGAGCAGUCGCUCUCCUUCGUCCUUCCGGAAGUGGCCCCAGGGCAGAGCUCUGGUGGAUGGAGGCAGGCCCCCCCAGGACGGCUCUGGCAGGGAAGACUCGCUGGAGAGGGAGAUGAUGCUGGGCAAGGGGCUUCACCUGUUCUCGUGUAACCUCUCUGCCGGCCCUGAGAGGGUCCGGAGAAGGGGCACAACAGAGCUGAGCUGUUCCCCCACAUCUGCUUUCCUGCUGCCCCCACGAGCAGGGCUGCGUUGAGCAUGCCGGGCAGCUGCCCGCGCCCACCCAGGAGUGGAGCGCCUGGGGGUCAAAGGGAGCCAUACCAGGCCAUCGCCCAUCCCUGGCUCGUGUAGCUCUGGGGCAACUGGGACCUGGAAGACCCCGCGCACAGGUUGGGGCCCUGUCCAGAAAUCCGUGGUGCCCCUAGAGGACGAAGCGAACGUCCCACCCCCGUCUUGAGAGCUCCCCCAGCAGCAGAGGCCCCAGGCUCCUGCAGGGAAACCGCAGACGUUGCUCCCAUCAGCGCCCCCGGAGGGGGUUCUGUGUCCUUGCAUGAGAGGAGGGGCACGUUACCCAUUUCUGAUGACCUCCCGCAAGGAAAGAGACCGUAGGAGCCAGGAAGGACCGCGGUCGCCACUCCAGCUUUAUGGGUGCGGACACUAAGGCCCAGAAGUUACGACGCUUGCCCGAUACUGUCAGCGGAUCAGUAACAGAACGAAAACCCAGUGCCCUUCCCCGGCUGGGCAACGGCGUGGGAGCCUACGCAGGCCCCGUUGUUUGUACUCACAUAUUAGGACUAGUGUUCCCCUCAAGGACGCCUGUUAGGUUUACGGGAGAUUGUCCUGUGGAAGCACUUAACAGUGCCCGUUAACCAUGAGAAAAGCCAGCAGAGAAUGAGCGCUGUCUCCACAGCUGGUCGGAAGCAGGGGGAGCAAGCUGGAAGACAGGGAAAGAAAGGGAGUGCGUCCGUCCCAGCACGUGCGGUGCCGGGUGGGGGUGGCUAGCUGUAUGGUCGGUUCAGGGCGUUAUGGGCCCCUCGACUUCACACCUUCCCGAGUGUUCUCUGAAACCCCCAGUGCCAGGCCUCCCUCUAGACCACGACCAGCAGAACCCUCGCCGGGGCUGGACCCUCCCGAGGAGUCUCAAGAGGAGCGUGGCCACCCACACAGCCUGGGCUGUUGCCUGGCCUGGAGCAUGUCCAGGCGGCUGGUGGGUUAUGCCUAAAACAGCUACUUUUUGACUGCUGUCACCAAUGUGCUUCUGAAAAGUGUUGGAAAUCUAAACUUCCCGAGAGGGUGAGCUAUUCAAGGAAUGUGUUCACGUGCCAGGAGUUAAUGGGUUAGCCCGGUGAUGGGUAUGAAGGAGGGCACGUCCUGCGUGGAGCACUGGGUGUUAUAUGCAAACAAUCAUGGAUCACUACAUCAAAAAAAAAAAUUUUGUUUUUAAUGCUUAUUGGUACUUCUGCAUUAAAAAGUUUAACUACAAAUGUCUUAUUAAAGUUUCCACUUGAAACGCA